AUGGUCUUCGACCUCUGGACUGACGACAAGGCUCCCAACAACGGAGCUCAUGGCGAUCCGUUCCUCGCAAGCCCCAAGCCUCGCACUCAGCAGGACCGCCCGCCAGCGCCGCCGUCGCUCGGCCGUCAAGGGUCUAGUGCGGGCCCGAUGGUCAAGCUGCUCCUCGGGCGGACGGGCGCGGACUUCCUGCUGCUCCUGGAGGAGACGGACGGCGCGGCGCACUGGCAGACUCGCUCGUGGAGCGAGGGCGGCGUCCCCGCCGCCCUCGCAGCCAAGCUCGAGAAGAUGCGCACCAAGAACCACCACGUCAACGAGGUCAGCUUCGGCGCGGCGGGCGAGUGGUUCGUGCACGGCGUUGAUGCCGGCGGCACCUCCACCUUUUCGUGGUGGGACUCGGCGUUUGCGGCGUCGAGGCAGCUGCGCAAGUGGACAGCGUUGCCCGAGAGCAGGCUGCACGUGGCGUUUGGGGACGAGGGGCGCUGGCUCAUCCUGCAAGGCCACAACGGCUUCUGCGGCGCCGAGCACGUCGCCGCCGGCUUGCAGAAGCGGAUCCGGAAGCUGCACGACGCAAAGGGCACCAUCGGCGUCGGGUCGCAGUGGGCCGGCCUCGGAGGCGAGGUCGCCGCCGAGCUUGCGCGCCGAGGCGACAAGGUCUGCAGCGCGCCAGGCGAGCCGAGCAUCGCGGCUGGCGAAGUGCUCGACGUCGCCGUCGGCGCGGACGGGUCGUGGGUCGUGCUGCGCGAGCACUGGGCAGGCAGCGCACUGAGACACACCACUGAGACUGAGCGCCACAUCCUCGAGCGCAGAGCCGAGAAGGAGCGGGAGCUGCAGCGCGGCACCAUCCUGGGCUGGCUGAGGUACUAUGGCAUUGCGUGA